UCUGAAGGAGUGACAUCACCGCUUCGCGCUAGACGUGGCACUGCGUGACGUCAUCAGCGCGCGUCCGUGUGUUCCUUUUUUCAACCUAUGGUUUCAACGGUCAGCUCAGUUUGAUCGCAGCAGCACAGUGUUGAUGUUCUUCAUCACCGGCAGGACAGAGUGAAGAUGAUGGAAGAGAGCAGCUCCUCCACAGCGGCUGCCAGCGGUGUGUCUGGUCCUCAGACUCUCCCCAGCUCUCCUGGCGUCUCUUUUGCCCCGGGGGGGUUCUCCAGCCCUGUUCCUCCAGUGUCUUUGACCUCCACGCUGCCGCCCCUCCAGACACCUGCUCCUCCUCUGUCUCUCAGCUCCAUGUCGUCUCCUGUGGGUCUGAGCGGCCCGUACGGUGGCCCCGUCCUCUCUGCCCCCCCGAUGGGCCCGCCCACCACUGGCUUCUCUGUGAGCGCAGGAUAUGACAUCACCCGAGGCCACGCUGGCCGCACCCCUCAGACGCCGCUCAUGCCCAGUUUCUCCAGCGCCUCACCCAUGCCAGGAAUCGUCACCAAUCCCAUGAUGCAGCAGCCGAUGUCUGGAGGGUUAGACGUCAGCUCACCCAUCACAUUUCCUGAGGACUGUGACGACCACAGAGGGACUCCAGACGCCAGCUCCCCCGGUGGAUUAUGGGGCUUCUUCAAGGGUGUAGCCGGGAACCCCAUGGUCAGGACCGUCCUGGAUAGAACCAAACACUCUGUGGAGUCCAUGAUCACCACACUGGACCCUGGGAUGGCCCCGUACAUCAAGUCUGGAGGAGAUGUGGACAUCGUGGUGACGUCAGAUAAGGAGGUGAAGGUGUCAGCAGUGCGGGACGCGUUUCAGGAGGUGUUUGGUUUGGCCAUGGUGACAGGAGAGGCCGGUCAGUCCAACAUCGCCCCGCAGCCGCUGGGAUACGCUGCAGGGGUCAAGGGAGCUCAGGAGCGCAUCGACAGUCUGCGUCGCUCUGCAGUCAUUCAUGAGAAGCAGCCCGUGGUCUCGGUGGAGAACUUCAUCGCAGAGCUCUUCCCAGACACGUGGUUUGACAUGGGCUGCCUGAUCUUGGAUGAUCCAGGAAACGGGAUUCACAUUGAGAUGUUCACUCAGGCUACACCUGUGGCCCUGGAGCAUGUGCAGCAGGCGCAGGCGCUGACUCCUCCAGACUAUAACCUGCGCUGGUCCGGUCUGCUGGUGACGGUCGGGGAGGUUCUGGAGAGGAGCGUGCCCAAUGUCAGCCGCACAGACUGGCACCAGGCCUUCACCGGCAUGUCCCGCCGGCAGAUGAUCUACUCCGCCGCCAAGGCUCUGGCUGGCAUGUACAAGCAACGCCUGCCCUCCAGGACAAUGUGAGCUCUUACACCGUCACAUCACACGGACCACAGCUUCCCAGAAUCACACGGGAAUCCACAUUUCAUCCGCAGAUGUCCUGUGUUUUUCAGUCAUGUCCCAUAACAAGACUGAGCCCACUCUAAAUGCCAAAAGAACCAGAAA